ACGUAAUCGGACUGGUGAGAACAGUCCAGAACAGAUUAAGGAAAUGCCAAUUCCCAGUCACUGUUACCAUUCUGCCUACUUGGUCGCCUUUCUGUGUGUUCUGGCAAUUUUUAUGGCCAAGUGGUACGACGACAGAUACUCCCACAUUCGCAAACUUAACCUGCCUUCCUCCCGGGAAAGCACAAAUCGCAUUCUCAACAUCUCCUCUCCCAGUUGGGGCACAUUUCGAGCCAAUGUUUGCUCGUUUUUUAACUUGAGAAUUUUUUCGGACUGAAAGACACAUCCGACAGUCCCCUUCUCUUCGGAAUCAUGUGGUUCAGACAAAUCUCAAGUCCCCACCAGCCGUUGAAGAUCCGUCAUUGGUGUGAGCCACACGAUUCCCUCAAUUUUGGCUGGCACGUCCACGAUGGACGGAAUUGUGGAGUCCAGUCUAUCAACGAGACCGACUUUAGCAUCGAAACCACGUUUGUCAAGUCCACAGAGUCGGUGAUAGGCUCCAAAGUGAGAAUUUCCUUCAAGCAGGGCACGUUCCGUGGGGGAAUUUCCAUAAUAACAUAUUUAUAUCAUUCGGAUGGACAAAUGGUGCAUAUACCACAAAGAGACGGACUGACUUUGAUAAACGGGCAUACUUCGGCAUUAGGAAAAUUCACUGUUGGUAUAAAGUCUGACUGUACUUUGUGUACAACCAACCGAGUCACCAGAUAUGUGUCUGAUCCAGUUCAGAUUGAGCAUGGAGUGCGAGGGGAAUUUUAUUGGACUCAGAAUUACUUGAAUCCUUCAAAAUCGUAUGCUGCCUUGAAUCCCCAAAACCGACAUACUGGCAACCACAACAUGAUUGCUGUCCAGACUACGAGUUUUUCCUCCACCGAUUUCUCCAUCGAUGUUGACUUUGAGUCCGUUGGGGCACCUCCUGUGGACUAUCAUAGUCAACUGAGUCGUUGUUUGUCUGAUUUUGACAAAAAAUUUGCCCGGACUUUCUCCACGAGUGCAUUGUCGUCUGAAAAAGUGAAAUUCUCCAAGUUCGCAGUGUCCUCCCUUCUCGGAGGGAUAUCCCACUUCCGAGGGAGGUCAGUCGUGGGGAAAAUGGGCAGUCCGGGGAACGUCAGUUAUUUUAAAGCCUCCCUUAUCACGGCUGUUCCCUCACGUGCUUUUUUUCCCCGUGGGUUCCUCUGGGAUGAAGGUUUCCACGGAAUCCUGUUGGCGAGGUGGGACCCCGACCGGUCAAUGGAGAUCAUGGCUCACUGGCUUGACCUGAUGAAUGCGGAGGGUUGGAUUCCGCGGGAACAAAUCCUGGGCACGGAAUCAACGGCUCGUGUUCCCCACGAGUUUAUCCGACAGCAAGUCAACGACGGAAAUCCACCGACGUUCUUUCUUGCCUUGGAGUGUCUGAUUGGUCAGGAAUCUCACCAGGAGACGAUAAAGAGUUUUUUGCGAGUUAUUUUUCCGCGUCUGAAAACGUGGCUUUCGUGGUACAUGAGAACUCAGGGAGGGGUGGAGAAAAAUAGUUUCCGUUGGCAUGGAAGGGGGGUUUCUCGUUCAAAGACAUUGCGGAAUCCUCUGACGUUGAUGUCUGGUCUGGAUGACUACCCGCGGGCUUCCAAUCCCACGGAAUUGGAACGACAUGUUGAUUUGUACUGUUGGAUGGCCUAUUCGAGUCGGACUAUGCUUAAUAUUGCGCGUCUUUUGGGUGAUGUGAGUGCAGUGGAGAAGUAUGGACAAAUGUACGACACUCUCAGUGAUGUCAAAUUACUAAAUGAACUUCACUGGUCUCCGGAGAAAGGGCGAUAUGCUGAUUAUGGACUCCACAGUGCUGUCUCGAUGCUUUCGGAGUAUCAGUUUAUUGAUGAGGGCUUUGGAUAUGUCAAUAUAUUUCCAUUCUUGGUGACUAUUCUCUCCCCUGGAGUGGAGUUGAACCACAUUCUUGAGGACAUCCAAACUCACUUGCUGUGUCCUUUCGGACUGCGUUCUCUGUCCAAGGAUUCUCUGUUCUAUCGGGAGUACAAUAGUGAGGACGACCCGCCCUACUGGAGGGGGGAUAUCUGGGUGAAUAUGAACUAUUUGGCACUUCGAGCAUUGAGUCACUACAUGAGGAGAUUGGGGGAGAACGACUCUGCGAGGGUGGUGGCUGGGAAUAUAUAUAAUACUCUGAGAGAUGGGCUGAUUGAGAAUGUGUAUAAAGAAUAUGUACGUACGGGAUUUAUAUGGGAACGGUAUGAUGAUCAGACGGGACGAGGGAAGGGUGUGCAUCCAUUCACUGGGUGGUCUAGUCUGGUCGUCCUUAUUAUGACUGAGGAUUACCACUAACCUUCG